AUGAAACUUCUCGACAUUCACGCCUUAUCCUGGACCAACUCCUUCCCAUCAUACACCGCAGGCACACCACCGUCUCCAGCUAUCCUUGCUCUGAUCCUGCUCACCGAGCUACGCUACGAAUCCUUUACACCGAAUCCGAUCCGGCUCCCGUUUCUCCCCAGAUACCCUUUUCCCACCUCUCUAGAGAAAAGACAGUUCUUCUACCUUGAGUUCAACCAGUAUCUUAUCCACCUAGCCCUCUUCAUCCUCCUCCAAUCCCUCCCACAGAUCCUCCCCGUAAAGGCCCUGGGCGUUCUCUUCACCAUCUGGCUAAUCUGGACUACCAUCCAACUUCUCGUCCGCUACCCAACAUCGCCGCCUCUAUUCGGCCCUCUCUACCUUAUUGAAAGCCUCGCGACGUUCUGGACUGGAACCUGGCACAACGUCUUCGCCUCGCCGUGUUACAGCCUAGCGUACACGCCGACAUUUUUCGUCCUGACGAAGUUGCGGGCGCCGCCUUGGAUCUCGAGACCGGCGGCUGUCGUGGCGGCGUUUGCGUUCAUGGCGGCGUUCCAUAUGUAUGCGCUGGAGCCGCUUUUGACUCGUGAGGGGAUCAGGAGGAUUGGCUGGUUCUUCGUGGGGAAUGGGAUCCUGACUGUUGCCGAGACGGGGGUUUGGGGGAGGAAGAGACACUGGGUUAGGGCGCUGAUGGCAUGGAUUGCGGAGUUGUCGUUGGCGAGCUGGACAGUGGCGGCGGCGGAUCUUCCUGAUGGUGCAUUAAAGGCGAACUGGAGGGGAUUGUGUGAAUGGAAGAGGGAUUAA